AUGGAUGCUCCAGAGUGGACGAAGGAUGCACAGUCGAUCCAAGGGGCGAAAGAUUAUGUUCGCCAAGCCAGCAUUGUCGAUUUCUAUGAAAUGAUCUGUCGCAACAUUUUUACCCACCACCCUGCUAAUCUCACAGAGUUCUGUCUCCGCAUAGUGAAGGACAUUAUGAACGGGACAGAGAUCACUUCAGCAGCUGAUUUCCAACCAAAGAGAAUCGACGAUAAUAAGUACAUGCGCGAUAUGGCCAUGUGCAGCUUCUUAGAUGGGUGGAUUCUGGAGCUGCUUCGGGAACGCCCCGGUACCCACCUGGAGCGGAUGGAGUUUCACAAGCGAUACCUGGAGGGGCUUCAGAGUGAGUCGGACACAGGGAAAUAG